GAGGCCGUGUCGGGUCCCGACUACGAGGAGGAUGAGGAGUACGAGGAGGCGCUGCCCGUCCACCAGUACAUCGUGGACGACUUGAUCCGAGUUGAACCUGUGGUUAAACCCAAGCCAACCAAGAGGGGUGGUGAGAAGAACGCCGGCAAAUCAAGAAGGAAGAAAAAUAAAGGGAAAAACAAAAAGAAAGGGACUCCCUGUGAAAUGGAAUACAAAAAUUUUUGCAUCCAUGGUGAAUGCAUAUACCUAGAACAUCUCCAGAUGGUGACCUGCAAGUGUCAUCAGGAUUUUUUUGGUGAGCGCUGUGGUGAGCAGUUCAUGAAGACUCAAAGGAAGAAUGAUGUGGCAGACUACUCGAAGACUGUCUUGGUAGUGGUAGCUGUCCUGCUGUCAAGCAUCAGCUUCAUUACUGUACUUAUCAUUGUGAUAGUGCAGGUCAGGAAAAAGUGUCCUCAGUAUGAAGAGAAAGAAGAAAGGAAAAAACUUCGACAAGAGAACAGAAAUGGCCACGUUGGUGUGUAAAUGAGGAGACAGCAGAACAGUUCUGAUGUGGCCACUGCCAAGCUGCAGGGUACCUCUGGCUACCUGACAUAUCCCCCUGGACACUGUGGGCUGGAGCUGUUGCCACUAAGCCCUGAUUCAUCGAGACAGAGGCUGCUGCGAGAUGUCAACAUGCCACUUGCUGCUGAAUCGCUUGCUGGGGAGGACAGUUACCGCUACGCCUUGGCACAAGGAUGUGGAAGGAGCUGCCACUAUGGGGUAGAGGACCUGCUAUCAAGACCUGCUAGAGACUACUGCUACUGAGCCCCCUUUGUCAGUGUUGGAGCUCCAGUCUCCG